GCCCACUCGCUCGAACCAAGACAAAAUUGCGAUGCUCCGUCCUCCACGUCGCGCCGCCGCAUCUAACCCUCCGGCGACUCACCGCCGGCGAUCCGAUCCGCGCUGCGCCGCCACGCCAUAGCCUCCCUCUGACGCGCACGUAAUCCUACUCCGCGUUCCUCUACCUCCUCCGCUCCGGCGUCCUCGCAAUCCGCCCGAAUGGGCACCGGGACGGGGGGUGCGAGAGGGGGCGCGGGCGGCGGAGGCUUGGUUCCCGGCGAGCGGUGGUGGCGGGUCCUCUUCCUCGCGCUGGCGUCCGUCUCCUUCCUCAUCUCCCUCAUCCUCCUCUUCCUCUCCGCCCCGCGCCUCCGACUCCCGGGCGUCGCCCCGUCCGCCUCCGCCUCCGCCGCUUCGGCUGUCCGGCGCGGGCCCGACGCGCCGCCCUGCCUCGCCUACCUUCUUAUCGGCGCGCGGGGCGACGGGCGCCGCCUACUAAGGCUCCUCCUCGCGGUCUACCACCCGCGCAACCGGUACGUGCUCCACCUCUCCGCCGACGCGCCCGACGACGAGCGCCAGAGCCUAGCCUCCGGGGUCGUCGCCGCCGCUCCCGCUGUGGGAGCGUUUGAGAACGUCGCUGUUGUCGGCAACCCAACCGCCGGGACGCCCGUGGGCUCCUCCGGGCUCGCCGGCACGCUCCGCGCCGCGGCUGUGCUGCUCCGGCUCCACCCAGACUGGGACUGGUUCCUCACCCUUAACGCCGCUGACUACCCCGUCGUCACCCAGGACGAUCUGAUUCAUGUCCUGUCCUCUGUUCCAAGGGACCUUAACUUCAUUGACCACACCAGUAACAUUGGAUCAAAAGUACCUGAGAAAGUGGAACAAAUUAUAGUCGAUGCUGGAAUUUACUUGUCAGGGAGGACCAACUUCUUUCGAGGAACACAGAAACGACCAGCUCCUGUGGCUUUUAAGUUCUUCACAGGUUCCCCAUGGGUCAUAUUAAACCGGCAGUUUAUAGAGUACUGCAUUCUUGCUUGGGAGAAUCUCCCUCGGAUUCUUCUCAUGUACUUCAACAACAUUAUACAACCCCAGGAAGGAUAUUUCCACUCAGUCAUCUGCAACUCGCUGGAGUUCCGCAAUUUCACUGUGAACAACGACUUGAGGUUUAUUCUUCAGGAGGAUCCAGCUCAGAAAGAGUCCCCUUUUCUGAGUCGGGAACAUUACGGUCAGAUGGUGGAUAGUGGGGCGCCUUUUGCAAGGCCGUUUCGGGAGAAUGAUCCUCUGCUGGACCAGAUCGAUGGCAACGUACUCAAGCGUUGGAGCAAUGGACCAGUUCCUGGUGCUUGGUGCUCAGGGAGGAAGAGGUGGUUCAGUGAUCCAUGUUCCCAGUGGGGCGACGUGAACAUUGUGAGACCAGGCCCCCAAGCUGUGAAGUUGCACCAAUAUAUAAAUCAGACUUUAGACGAAGCAAAGUCUAGCAGCAACACAUGCAGGCGGUAGCAGAAUUGAUGUCAGUGGCCUCAUCCCAUGGUUGAAAACUUUGAGCUAUUCCAUUUAUCCACCACGGGCUCUUCACUCUGCUGAAUAAAUAGCCGCCACCUGCCUGAAUGGAAACAAGCACUCCUGGCACCUGAGUACUGACACACAGCCAUGGAGGAUUGCUCUUUCCUGAUCUUUUCUGUGGCAACUAUCAUAGUCACAGAUCAGGAGUUCCACUGUGGUCUACAAUUAAUAUGUGAAUUCCCCAUAUUCGGCACCUAUACACUGAAGGCAGAUAGCUUAGAGCCUAUGAUAAGCAGAGGCUUAUAUAACUACUGUAGGUUAUAUGCUGUGGUCAUUUGUUGAACGGCUUGUGUUAGUGCUAGCAGAUGAAGUUGUGAGACCCUGUUGAUGUCAGGUUGUCAGGACUGGAGACAAUGUAGAACAAGGAAUCUUGUUAGUCUUACUGGAUUACUGUUGUGCUUUUUGGGCUUACAUAUGCCUAGUCUUGUACCUAGAGCACGCCUUCAAUUGUCCCAUUUUUUUCCUUU